CCCGUUACCAGAAACACCCAGGGGUAAUCGUUUUGCUUUAGUUAUGGUGGAUCACUUCACCAAGUGGUGUGAAGCCGUUCCAUUGUCGUGCACUAAUGCAACUAUGGUAGCCAGAAACAUCUUUGAGCAAUGGAUCACUCGCUGGGGCGCACCGGAGCAGCUACAUUCCGACCGGGGAUCAAACUUUGAGAGCAUUAUCGUAUCGGAGAUGUGUCACCCCUUAAACAUCCGCAAGACACGCACAACGGCAUACCACCCACAGGGGAACGGAGCAGUUGAACGCGCUAACCGGUCCCUGAAAGCGCUCUUGAAGGCCUUCACAGACGAAAACGGGUCUCGAGAAUGGGACAUCGCACUUCCGCACUGUCUCCUGGCGUAUCGUGCAACGAUCCACAGUUCCACUGGUCACUCGCCACAUCUAUUGGUUACCGGCAGAGAGAUGCGGCUGCCAUUUGACCUCACACUACCACGACUGGCCACUGAUCC